AUGAAGCCCGUCGUAUCAGCGAUGAAUGCAUGGACAUGCAUCGUCGUCUCCUGCUUCGCGAUCGUGAUCCUCUCCAUCAUCGGCUCCCUCUUCAAAUCAAACAACCACUCUAUGAUGGGCUCAACUGACGACCCCGAGGACGGCAAAGCCGUCGCAGCCGCAGUCUUUGGUGCCGUGGGCGUGUAUGCCAUCUUCCUGGUGUUUUGCUCCAGCCAGGCGUGGUUACAUAUGCGAGCUCGGGGGACGGAGAGGAGGGGCGGGAUUGCGCUGUCAUGA